AUUAUUUUAGAUUUCGCUGCCAUCUAGUAACAUUUAGAUUCUAGAGUUACUACCCUAGAACAGACUUGGAACAAGAGUGGUUGGAACACCUGCCGAUGUGAUGUCUGCUACUAGCAAUUUGUGUUUGUGAGAGUUUGUGAGAUAACGAAACGUAAACAAACAUUAAAAUUACUUUAAAAAUGACAAGUGUACCUGACGUUAAAAAUGAACCAAUCAACUACACAGCGGAAAUCCGUCAAAUGAUGCAUGGAUUUGGCGACAGUUCAGCCCCACUGUUAGAGUCAGCAAAAAUAAUCGAGGAUGUCGUACUGCACCAAAUGCGAGCAAUCGUUUACAGGGCGUGCGAAGUUGCUGAUAGGCGAGGGAAUAGAAUAAUAACACCUGAAGAUUUUAUUUUUCUCAUGCGCAAAGAUAAGGUCAAGGUUCAACGGCUGUUGAAGUACCUAGAAGUAAAAGAGCUGCGAGCAAUAAUGCACAAGACGGUUCAACCAGAGAGUAUGGGGAAUUUUUUCGAGGCUGACGGUGGCGAAGUUUUGACAAAGCGAAAACGUCCUUAUCAUGAUUUCAUUCAAUUGAUUGACAAUACAGGGGAAUUACUCGAAAAUAGAAGCACUUUUGAUAUCGUUAAACAGAACAGACUGAUCAGGGCAGAGAUGGUCACUAGAAAAAUGGAUGAAAUUCAAUAUGUGGAAUACUCAAAGGCACGGCACGCUUCGUUCACAAAUAACAAACAGCGACACAAAUUCAGCGACUGGGUAUGCCCGGAUGAUGAUGUGAAAAUAUCAAAACAAGGCUACCAAAUUUUGAGCUAUCUCGCUUACGAAACUGUCGCGCAAAUUAUAGACUUGGCGCUUGUGGUCCGACAAGAUCAGAGUAAGAUUCAUGGAGACGCUAUUGAAAGGCUCAAACUAAACCACUGUAAUCCCUAUACCUACAAGCCUUAUCAGCAUAAUAUGGGAGUCGUAAUAAAGCCGAUCAGUCCGUCGGAAAUAAAUGAGGCAUUGAGGAGGUAUUGGUCACCACAGCUGGAUAUUACAGGGCCAUUUUACAGAUCAUCGCUGCGUCCGCUGCACCCAAAAUUACUUGCUUGUUGAGACAUAGGCUGCGGAGGUACGAGCUUGUAUUAAAAUAAUUGCAGGGUUGAUGUUGAUAAUAGCUUCAGUUUAUUUAUAGUUAUCGAGCCACGGCCGUUUUAUAUUUCAAUAUAUGACUGCGAUUUUGUUCUAUAUUACUCAUUAAACUCAAUAAUCAUGAUAUCAAGUGUAUAUUUCUAAAAUUACAGAGCAUCGUACGUACUACAUUAUAAUUUGAG